AUGAUAGCGGGAAUUGUGUGGAUGCUUAUGCUGUUUAUUAUGGUAUCAACUACUGCCGACGAUUUCUUUUCACCGAAUGUUGCGUCAAUUGUUGCACAUCUGAAAAUUAGUGAAAGCAUAGCAGGUGUGACAUUCAUGGCGUUUGGCAAUGGGGCUCCAGAUAUAUUCGGUUCCAUCGCAUCCGUUCUCAGCAGUCCAAAACCCAAAGCCGGAUUUGCUUUGGGAGAACUCCUGGGAGCUGGCAUAUUUGUUACUUCUAUGGUCACAGCCACAAUUAUUCUCGUCAAGCCGUUCAAGAUUGAUGUAUUUUCAACUAUUCGUGAUCUCAUAUUUUAUCUCAUUGCACUGGCUUGCAUAACAUUUGUUUUUCUGUACAGCACCAAUGUAUAUAUCUGGGAACCAGCUGGUUAUCUGGCCCUUUAUGCU